CAAACACACGCAUACGCACGCACAGCCACCGACUCUGUCAGGCAUCAGGAGAGAUACACAACUCUCAGGCAGGAAAGAAAGAGCGACUCGGUCUGCAGACAAUGGAGCGACAGGAGAAAGCUCUGGAUGAAGACAUCACCAAGUUUGCACUCGAGCCAUCGGGGUGAACUUUCCUGACAAAGAUGUUCAACUACUAAAGAGAGGCAAGGAGGAAAAGAAGGAGAGAAGCGGCGACAAAAAAAACCCUGCUUACAUGUCUGUUCAUGAGGAUGAAUCCACAGUUUGGUGUUCAUAUGAUUUUGAUUUCAGCACUGCAAAAGGAAAUGUAUCAUGAGAAAGGAAGUCUGAUCACAAAUGCAUGACAGACCUGAGCUCAUAUAUCCUCCUUGUCCAGCAAGAAUACGUUAAUGGUUGGAACUGCCCGCCCCAACCUCCAUUACUGCCCUCGCAGACACAGCCUGAUGAUCACCGGUGCCAUGGGAGCGGUGAGGGUCAACAGAUACAGCAUCGUUUCCACUGAUGAAGAUGCCCUGAAAAUCUCAAGUUUGGGCCUCCACAAUGGCCACAGUCCUCUGACUCAGCAAACACUAUCAGGGGCAUGCAUGCGGGGUGAGGAAGAAGGUGGAGGAGGAGACUAUCCAGGAGGUGAUGAAGGUCGAGGGGCUUUGCCCUUGAGGAUGACGAACGAGCCGAUCAUCCACAGCAGCUGUCGUUCCUCGCCUUUGUGUCGUCUGGACCUGGAUCUCAGCACUGGACGGCUGCGCAGCCGCUUCGUGAAGAAGAACGGCCAGUGCAACGUGGUUUUCAAUAACAUGGAGGAUAAACCACGACGAUACCUGGCUGACAUUUUUACCACUUGUGUAGACAUACGUUGGCGUUACUUGCUGCUCAUCUUUACCGCUACCUUCCUUCUGUCCUGGCUGCUCUUUGGUUUUAUCUUCUGGGGAGUUGCACUUGCUCAUGGGGACUUUGAACUGGACCUUCCUGUGGCGGAUGAGGAUCCUAGAAGUAUCUCAGAGGAGGCAAAAGAUAAAAAGCGGCCAUGCAUUCUCCACAUCCAGGGUUUCAUUGGGGCUUUCCUCUUCUCAAUAGAGACCCAGACCACUAUUGGAUAUGGCUUCCGGUGUGUCACCGAGGAAUGUCCAAUUGCUGUUGUGACAGUGGUGGUGCAAUCCAUUGUGGGGUGUAUAAUUGACUCUUUCAUGAUCGGCACCAUCAUGGCAAAGAUGGUUCGCCCCAAAAAGAGAGCGCAGACCUUGCUGUUCUCGCAUAAUGCAGUCAUCGCCCUGAGAGAUGGUAAGCUGUGCCUCAUGUGGCGCCUAGGGAACAUGCGUAAAAGCCACAUUGUUGAGGCGCAUGUGCGUGCGCAACUCAUCAAACCGCACGUGACAGCUGAGGGUGAGUACCUUCCCUUAGAACAAACAGACAUCGAUGUUGGCUAUGACGACGGACUGGAUAGACUGUUUUUGGUGUCACCGCUGGUGGUUGUCCACGAGAUCAACAAAAACAGUCCUCUUUUCAACCUGAGCCGCAAUGACCUGCAGAAGGAGGACUUUGAGAUAGUGGUCAUCUUGGAGGGGAUGGUGGAAGCCACAGCCAUGACUACACAGGCCCGUAGCUCUUACUUGGCCAGGGAGAUCCUUUGGGGUCACCGCUUUGAGCCGGUGGUGUUUGAGAAGGGUGACCGCUACCAUGUGGAUUAUUCCCGCUUCCACAAGACUUACAAAGUGCCAUCUACACCUCAGUGCAGUGCCAGGGAACUGAGCCAGAAAAAGGGUCACAGUGGGCAAUUGUCCUCCUCCAGUUCGAGCUUCUCCCGAUCUCCAUCACUGUUUGCUCCGAGAGCAGCAAGACGUUUGCAGGGAUCGCACUCCCCCAGUGCUUUCUGCUAUGAGAAUGAAGUAGCUUUGUGCUGUGGAGAUGAUGCAGAUGAUGAGGAGGCAGAUAAGGAGAUGGACGGUCUCAAAACAGGAAGUAAAAGGGAGAUAAAAUUAAGGGAUGACAUUCACUUGGAUUUCAAAGGGGCAUUUGUGAAAGAGCAGACAGUAGAGAUGCUGUGUGUUCUGGACACAGAGAAUCAGAUCAGCCUCGACAGACUACAGCCGGCCCUACCUUUAUACAUCAGCAGAGAAUCAGGAGUUUGAUAAAUGAUCAUUCCUGCCAUUUUGUUUGUUGUCUGACAUUGUUUGAUUCAACCAAAGUACUGAACUGAGAUAAAUGUAAAAAUGAAAGCUGCAGUGUCAGCUUUGCAUGUGGAGUGAGAGAGGUUUGUUUUCUUAGAACUGGAAUAAAUUUUGUUUUUGUGUAAAAUACAGUUUCAGUCAAAAAAAAGACAGCAUGUGUAAAAACCUCAGCUCUUCUACUGUUAAAUGUGGUGACAGAGUAAUACUUUUAUUUCACAAGGCAUCUUGAAAAUGUAAAUGUUUUCCUGAUUUAUUCAGUAUUAUUUGUGUUUGAUCU